AUGUUCAACUGCAUAGGUUCACGAACCGCGUUCGUCAAUUUCAAGAACGCGAAGCCGCACCCGGUAGCGCUGUGCAGAUGGAUGGUGCGGAUGCAGUGCAAAAGCAUCUUCCUGUCGGACCGGGGGCAACACCUGCGAGUCAAGGAAAACAAGAAGGCGGCUCAAGGCACAAGAGGGGCGCCAGCAAUCGGAAAAGUCCUCAACGCGCCAUGGCUUGCCACCGCGCGCGCCGCUGUGGCUGCUUGCUACCAAAACGGAAAGUUAAGCAAGAACAAGAUCGACGCAGCGAAAUUACUACUAGCAAAAAUGAUGAAGAUUAUAACGAGCGACUACGAGAAAGCCGACGACUACAACUCCAGCGAUGUGGACGAAAUAUACCUACGGCCGGAUUAUCGCACAAGAACUGCAAACCAUCCAGAGGCGUCGCUCGACAACCAGCUUCAGCAGUUCUUGUCAAAAUUGAUCGCCGACGGAAUUCUAAGCGCCGAGGACAUUCGGCGCAUCACGGCUGCGCUGUGCAUCGACGACACAGAGCUAUCGACUCCAUUCAACUCGAGCGAAGACGAAGUCCUGGCGCUGGUGAUGGAAGUGCUGGAAAUGAUCACGGACAGUCUAGCAGACUGGUGCUCAGCGACAAAGAUGUUCAUAGCAGCGAAAAAGUGUGAGGCGAUCAUCUUACAUAACUUGCGACGUCCGACCGAUACUGAGCAAGAAGCGGAUGGUGCAAGCGAGGCGGAACUUGCGCAGAAGGUGCAAGCGGUAGCAAAGAAAUUCGACGAAGCAGUAUCACUAGCGGGCCGUAAGAUUAAAA